AUGAAGCUGACGAAGAAGAACGGCGAUUUCGGUCGGAGAGCAUGGAGACUGCUGCGUCUAGCAUUAUUAUGGAAAAGAAAAGGCGGAGUGUUCAAGCGGCGGCUCAUGACGGAGCUGCGAUUGGUGCCAAAGUUCCUAAAGGGUCUCGGCCAUUCGUCGACUGCGGCGGCGGCUCAUACUUGUAACGACCGACUCCAUUACAAGGAACGCCAGUUCUCUUUCAACGAGACGCCCAUCAUCGACGUCAAGGCCGUGCAGCGCUCCGCUUCGAUGCGGUUCCUUCUCUCUUGCGUUAGCGCCGAGGCGGUGGACUUCGAUCGAUACGAUGAUUUGGGCAUCGAUGAAUACGAUGAUGGGAACACCAGCAAGAGUUACUCGACGUGUUCGAAUAUCGUGGAAGACGAAGACGAAGAAGAGUGGGGAUAUGAAGGCUGUGACGAGAAAAGUUCGUGUGUUUAUACUUUUCCGGCGGAGGAAGAAGGGAUCGAUUCCAAGGCGGAGAAGUUUAUAGCCAAGUUCUACGAGGAGAUCAAGUUACAACGACAAACUUCUGAUUUGGAAUACUCUGAAAUGCUUAGGAGAGGAGCCAGUUAUUGA